GACCAUUUUAUUUCUUUUGUUUUUAUUUUAUCCAAUAUUUAAUAAUAAUAGUCAUUCCUAUCUCCUUCUUUGUUACAAUACUUUAUUAAGCUCAAUGUUCCUUCCUUUCCCAUUCCGUAGAAAUGCCCAAGACCAUAAUUUACCACCCUCGCAACAAUCAACUGCCGGACCGGAUAAUAUCAAACAAGAAGUAGACACAAACACAAAACCGAAAGUAAGAAUUAAUGUAAAGAAAAAAAACCAACUCAAGAAACUUGAAGAAAUAACUACAAAAUUUAAGGAAAGAAGCGAGAAAAUCGUAACCGAAACUAAAAAACUUGCUGACGUAUCUGAAAAAUGUGUACGUGGUCCUAAAAGUUUAAUACCAAUACCUCAUAAAAAGAAAAUGAAAGCUGCACACAAUUUGUUGCCAUCAAUUAAUUUAAACGAAAAUGAGGAUGGGGAACUCAUCUCCAAUUCGAGUCAUAUUAUAAUUAAUUCAUCAGAAGUUGGUGUUUUAACAGAUAAAUUAAAUUUUAAUGAUAAAUUACCACUACAUACACCGAAAAAUGUUACACCCAAAAAGCCCAAAGGAAGUACCAUAAGUCUAGACAGUCUGGAAGAUCCGUAUAUUAAUACAAAAAAAGAGACUUAUUCUCAGUCUGUUGGUAUAAAUACAGAAUUAUUAUGCCCAUGUGUUCCUUGUGUUAUACAUGACACAUCUUCAGUCAAGGUGAAAACAAAUAAAGUUAAAUCAUCAAAAAGACCUCAAACCAAGAUCUGUAAACUAAAUAAUUCAAAAAUAAAUUCGAAUUUCGAUGAAAAUAUUGACCCGCUGCCUAAACCAACUGUUGAGCUGCUAUAUAAAAAUCUAAAUACAGUCAGUUCCAGUGACAUAACUGAUAAAAUUUUAGAAGAGAAUAAUAUUACCUGCAAUGAAGAUAAAAUCGAGCUUAACUCAAUGCCAGCCUUGGAACGUAAUUAUUUAGAUAAUAAAUUAGAUAUAGUUGAAAACUCAAACUAUACAGAAGACACUGAAUUAAACGAUAGCAUAAAAGAUGAGAAUAUGUUUUCACGAAAUCAAUUAAAUCAACAAAAUGAAGUGGUUGAUAAUGUAGAUAAUGAAAAUAAUUCAAUAGCUGAAAACGACAAUGAUUUAUCUGGUGAAAAUUUCAAAGACAAUAAUUAUGAGCAUGACCUGAGUGAAGAUAAUUUUGAAGAUGACAGUAAAAUUGACGAAAUUGAAGUAACACGACAUGGUAGUGGUGAUACUUAUACGAAAUUUAUUGACAACCCGGAAGAUUUAGAAGAAUUUCUUGCACUGACUGAUGAAAUUAUUACUGAUUAUACAGAGAAAAACGCUUUAACAGACAAUGAAAUUCAUACUCUGCAUACACCUAAAACUAUUUCUAUUGAAUCUAUGAAUAACGAUGGAAAAUUAGUUGAAGAUAAACAUAAUUUUUCCCAAACAUUUGAAGAAUUGAAGAACAAUUUCAAAGAACUUAUGCAAGAAGCAAACGUAGAUCAAUCCCAUGAUUGUGUUGAUGACCCCAAAAACGUGUGUGAUAUGGAACAUAUCACAGUUUAUGAACUUAAGUUUUAUGAGCAAAGUAUAAACAAGGACAAUACCAUACCGAAAAACGUACCCAGUCAAAAAGAUUCCGAUUUGAAGUUGCCUUCAAUUAAAGAAAACAAUAAAUCAACAAAAAUACUUUCGAGAAGCAAGAACAAAACAACGAACAAUAAAGAAAGUUACAAAUGUAAAAUGCAAGUUCGUUCGGAUAAACAAUAUCAAACAUAUAUUAUCAAAGAACCUGUACAAGAAAGUAGUGACGAAGCUCCACCUUUAAAACUUCCGCGUAUUGAUUUUAAAAGGUUUUUCCUUACCAAUAUUAGAAUAAUUAUUACUAGCUAGUUUUUUUUUCAGUAACAAUAUUAUCAGUGAAAAGCUUAUCCCGUCCUCCGCCAAACGAUCCACG